AUGUUGGAAUCCGUGGAAACGGUAAUGGUCAUUCAGAAGCAGUCGAUACUCCUGCUCCACCAGCCUAACUUCCUCCGUGCUGGGCAGAGCGAUUUACAAAGACUGCUGCGUAUCGGAGAAGAACGAGGCUUUCCUGGAAUGCUAGGGUCCCUGGACUGCACGCAUUGGCAAUGGAAAAAUUGCCCUAUGGCUUGGGCAGGCCAAUAUAAGGGGAAAGAGAAGAAACCGUCAAUAAUAUUGGAAGUUGUGGCAUCUUACGAUCUAUGGAUCUGGCACGCCUUCUUUGGGAUGCCAGGUUCAAAUAAUGAUAUAAAUGUUUUAGAAAGAUCUUCACUGUUUUCCGACUUGUACAACGGAAAGACACCUGAGGUCCACUAUACUAUCAACGGCCACUCAUAUAACAUGGGGUAUUACUUGGCUGACGGAAUUUAUCCACCGCUGGCCACACUGGUACAAACAAUUUCUGCACCAGUCAGUCAAAAACGCAAGCACUUUGCCGAAAUGCAAGAAUCGGCCAGAAAGGACGUUGAGCGCGUAUUUUCCGUGCUGUCGGAAAAGUUUGCGAUGAUCAAAAAUCCUGCCAGACUAUGGAAUAAGCACGACUUGGCAGCGAUCAUGCGUUGCUGCAUCAUCCUUCAUAAUAUGAUUAUUGAGGACCAGCGUGAUACUUCAACACAUUUCGAGUACGGUUCGGCGUGUGUUACCACCCACAAUGUAACGAGCGAUGAAACAGACUUUGGAACAUUCCUUGCUCGAUUUGAAAAGGUACACGACGUGUCUCGUCAUCAUCAGCUCCAAAAUGAUCUAAUCGAGCACCUCUGGAAAGUCAAAGGAAAAGAGAACUAAUAAACCAAAAAUGUCAAUAUUUCAAACCUUUAUAAAAGUGGCCGUUACUAUUACUUUGAAUAAAAUAGCAAUCCCAAAAAAUGAAAAUAGCACUGCA